AUGCGUCGAGCACCUUCUGCCCACCUUCGUUUCAGAUUCCUUUGCAUCCAAUCAUCGCGAGAAUCCUCCGAAAGUGAUUCCGAGAGCCCUCAGAACUCAGAGAGCUUGUCUAGAAGGAUCGAGAAGCUUCGGAAAGGGGAGGCUGUUGGGUCUGCCUUCUGCACUUGGAUGGGUGAUGGAUUCCCCGUUCACAGAGGCCAUGUCUUCCACGCCAUCAACCGUCUUCGCAAGCUCAACAUGAACAAACGCCCACUUGAGGUGAUGGAAUGGGUGAUCCGAGAGAGGCCCUAUAGGCCUAGGGAACUUGAUUACUCUUAUCUUGUGGAAUUCACAAUUAAGCUUCAUGGGAUUGAACAUGGUGAGAAGCUCUUCCCUCGCAUUCCAACUGAGUUUCAGAAUGAGUUGCUAUACAACAAUCUGGUCAUUGCAAUGCUGGAUAAAGGUGUCAUAAAGCUUUCACUUGAGUACAUGAAGAAAAUGAGGGAGUUGGCUUAUCCCAUCUCACAUUUGGUCUUCAACCGCCUCAUAAUCCUGCAUUCCUCACCCUCCAGGAAGAAGUUGAUUCCGAAAUUGGUGGUGGUUGUUGUGGAAGAAGUUGGUGGUGGUUGUUGUGGCGGAGGAGUAGUGGUGGUUGUUGUGGAAGGUGUUUUCGGGAGAGAGAACCUCCAUUGGGUGAAGCUUUGGGAGGUUGUGGAGGAAGAAGAAGAGGUGGAGGACUCGCAUGAGUUGCGAAGGUUGUGA